UGUUGGUACAAUCAAAGAGAUAUUUCUUUGGUACAAUCUACUACGUGACUACGUCACUGCAUAUAGUUUGUGCUUGCAUGAACUGACUGUUGGCUUUAAGUACACAUUAGCUGAUCACACUUUAAGCUGCAUUGGACAUUGGAUAUAUGCGUAGAAUGAGCUCGUUUUUGUAAUAAGCCAAAAAUCUUAUAUUCGCUCCAAUGGCUGAGAAGACCAAGGAAGAGAAAGCUCCAAGCUCUUCAGAGAACCUGACGUGUCCACUAUGUCUUGAUAUCUUCGACGAGGCAACCAUCCUGACUUCAUGCGGGCACACCUUCUGUCGGAAAUGUCUCAAGAACUAUGACCUUUCCCACCAGGAUCUCGAUCACAUGCUCUGUCCUCUCUGCAGGAAGAUCACCAAGUUGUCAGCUAAUCGUGUCGAUGAUUUCCUCACCAAUGUGACUGUCAACGGACUUGUAGACAAUUACCACGCGCAGUGUGGAGGGAUGAACGCUGUCCUUGAGAUGCGUCCAAAAUGCACUGCUUGCAAGUUUCAGCAAGAUGCCGUCUCAUUCUGCUGUACAUGUAAUAACUACAUUUGUGAUAGGUGUCUGGAUUGUCAUCAAUUUCUUAAAGUCUAUGAAGAUCACGAGAUUGUAUCCAUACAGGAUAUCAACAACGGGAAGGUCAGUAUUGGUCAUCUAUCCGAGAAGUGCUGCAUCCACAGACAAGAGAACAAAGAUAUGUUUUGCGAGGAUUGUAAGGUCCAUGUCUGUCUCAAGUGUGUGAUCGUCGGUCAUCAAAAUCACAAGAUCAAGAAUCAGGCUGACUUCGAGCAGCAGUUACGGCUUAAGGUGAAUGACCUUGUCCAGCGAUGUGCCGCUAAGAAGACGGAACUGGAGAAGAACAUUCAGAAUGUGGAAGUACAACGCCAUGAAGUAUACGUUGCCGUGCAGAAACUACUGGACGAUGUCAGUCAAGCCUACAGCAUCAAGGCCAAAGAGCUUGAAGAAAAUCAUCGAAAUCUCAUAGAGCAAAUCAAUGCAUUAAAGCGCAGUUUCGACGACAACCUCAAUGUCUUGAAAUUCAACAAUCGACAGAGGAUCAAGAGUAUUUGUAGUUCAAUAACACUGGUAGCUAAUGACAGACUGGGUCGUCUUGAGACAGACAAUCUGUCUGCUCAUACCUUGCUCUGUGAGGAGCUGGAUGCCAUGCUGAAGAAGGCUAGUGAUCACACUUCUGCGGCAGCCAUUACGAAGAAAGCUCAGGAGAAGAGGUUCAAGCCUGCAGAUGAUACUCAUCUUGACCUCGGGAGCAUCUCAGAAUCAGAUCCCAAGUUGCAAGUCAUUCAGUGUGUAGAUCUACUGGGAUUCAUGUGGGGAAUGACCCAGUACUCUGAUGAUAGUGUGGCUAUCGGAUAUUAUCGUUCACAUGGUAUAGAUAUCAUUGAUUCAGCUGGUAAAAAGCACCAGUAUGCAAACAUACCAAGUAACAUGAAGUUUACUGCUCUUGUGUUUCAACAAGACAGGUCGUUAUGCGUAUCGAGGGAUAGUAAAGAAGCACACAUAUAUUCUCCCAAUGGAUCCAGGAAAUCAUCUAUCCACGUGAAUAAUAAUGAAAACGAUCUCCAACUAAACAGAAGUCCAUCAGAUGAAAUCCUCAUCGCUAACUAUGAUAAUCAAGUCUACAUCUAUGACCUGACGGGAUCCACUCUCAAACACACUGUUCCAACAAAACACAACAAGACGAGCCAGGUAUCUGCCACCAGGUCGGGUUUGAUUGUCACGAGUUCAUGUGACACUAAUCCAAGCGUGUUGACGGUCUAUGACAGGGAUGGGAAAGCUGGUAAGUCUCUACAAGCUCCAAGCGGUGUCUACUUGUAUGCCGCCGUGGAUGAGCAGGACAGGGUGUAUAUAGCGAGUGUUGAUUGUGAGAAUGAUCACGUGGUGAUCAGGCUCUAUGACCUUGAUGGUUUGAACCUGAAGGAGAGAGUUGAGUUCAAUACCGUCGAUUAG